CGCAUGCAGUGCUAUGCUGUGUUUCACUGUUUGAAGCGCGUGUUUGAAGGCGUUUGAGUUGUUGUGUUUUGAAUGCAGAUUGUAGUCAGUAAAAGGUAGCGGAUUUGGUCCAGAAGAUACAGUAGUAUCUCUGUAAACUAAUUACUUCACUGUCUUCACGUCCGUUGUGGCUGUUCGUUUGCUCCUGGCACUGUCGGCCAGUGCGCUUUCCUGAGAUGGCGAGCGAUGGCGAGCAUUUUGAUGUGGUGCUCACUGGUGGUGCACCGUGGGGCUUCCGUCUGCAAGGUGGACGAGAGUUCCGGUCACCGCUACGAAUUCUCAAAGUGACGGCAGGUGGCAAGGCUGAGCGAGCGGGACUUAAAGAGAGCGACUACUUGGUUGCCAUCAACGGCGAAAGUUGUGAUGACUGCCUGCACAACUAUGCACUGCAGAGAGUGAAGUCGGCCGGAGCAUCUCUGACUCUCUCCAUUUCGCGUGGUGCUGCCAGCAAGCGCUCGAGCUCUGUAUUUGACGAGCAGAGGACGUCUGCAUCAUCGGCUUCCAGUGUUACAUCCCCUGCUGGCAAGGCCAAGGUGGCACCUCCAUGGGCCCGCUCUGGCAGUAGCAGCAACGGAAGUCGUGUAUCCGCAUCGUCUUCUUCUACGUCUUCAGUUUCCACACCGGCUGCAAAGUCCUCGAGUAGUUCUUCAGUGUCGGGACAACGCCCCACAGCCGGCGAGUCCGGAGCUCUUGCUGCUACUUCUGGAGAUCUGAAAAGCGGCGGCAAUGAAGGUAGCAACUCUGGACACGUUACAUCCCAGGUUCCCAGCGGGAACGCACUAGCACCGACACCCGUGGUCACGACGCAGGAGAAGCCUGUCAAGCCGCCUGCACAGCAAGAGUCCGCAAGAUCUACAACUCCGUCUGAAUCUUCUGCCUCCACGGUGUCUGAUGGUCCGGCAGCACAGUCAUCAUCCACAUCACUUGUAGACCUGCCCAUUGAGGGUGGUCAGAAGGCCAAGGGCAAAGGAUGGUACAAGGAAAUGUUCAAGACUAUCCACUCUUCAUCAUCUGGAGUCAGCGAGACGACUGGUUUGAAAUCACCAACUUCAUACAGUGGCGAAUCAAGGAAGUCACUGCCAACGUCCUCCACUACCGCAUCAGUACCAAAAUGGACCUCUUCCCGCCCACAAAGCACAAGCUCUGCCAAUGUUGCAAGCUCGGCAAAGACACACGAGGACCGCCGCUAUUCCGCUGGCCCAUCUGUUCAGUCUGGUGCAAGUUCACUACCUCGCCGUGGCUCCAAAGAACCACCACCAUCAGUCUCUGCCCGUGCUGACUUUUUCCGCAAGAAGGAUGUUACAACCGCACCCAAGGAGAGCGGCCUCUCGCCUGCUGGCAGCCAAAAUCGAUCUGGAAUAAGCACUGUCUCGCCAGCAUCCACAUGGUCCCAGAGAAAUGCCGCCAAUUCCGCCAGCUCAAAGCCUCCUCCUCCGACAACGGCUGCAAAGCCGGCAUCAGCCAAAUCAAACAGCUUACCUCGCACAAGUGCAAGACCAGAAAGCACAUCGGAAGCAUCGAAACGCAGCACCCCGUCUCCUCUCCGUUCCACACCAGAGCCUGCGCCAACGGAGAGUUACAACAACCUGAAUGCUGCUCUAUCCGACCUAAAUGAAGCUAUCUCUGACCUGGAGGUGGCUGCAACCACUGCUGCACAGAAGGAGGUGCGCAAGAAGCCAACCUGGCAGCCAGGCGUUGAAACAAAUAGGAAUGCUUCGGUUCUAAACUCCCAAGCACCUCACCAUCAGAACAAAAUGGAGAAUGUACUGGAGAAGAAGCUGGUGGAAGGUGGGCACCGCAAACAGCAGCAGCAGCAGCCCGAGGAGGCGGUGACAUGUGCUCCGAAGCGAUCGAGCAAUCAUGUUAUCACCUUCCCGGCUGAGAUGACCCAAAGCCAACCACAACCUGCUCCCGUCUCUGCCAGUCCCUCGCCUCCCCCACCUGCUUCUGUUGCAGCAGUAGCUCCUGUGGCUAACAGCAAGGCCGCUCCACCAGUAGCCGAACCUGCCAGAGAAAUUGCUGCCCCGCCGCCCUCUACAAAGAUCUCUGUUGAGCCAGAGGCUGUCAUGCAACUUAAACCGCCAGUCGAAGCUUUUGUGAUUGAUCUUCCACCGCCACAGCCUGAGGUGGUUGCAUUCAGACCUGUGGAAGAGGAUCUAAGCCUGACAGAUACAACGAAGGCACUGGAUGCUUUGCUGGAGGCUCAAGUUCAGGCUAAGUCCCAGAGCCAGCAGCCAGCUGCAGCUCCACAGCCAGCGCAGGGAAGGAUACAGCCAGCAUCGACUGCAGCGGUUGCAGUUGAUGACAAGCCGAAGGAGAAAGUCAGCGUAAAGAAACCUGGUAGAGCGCCGCCAUCUGCUCCAGUUGCCGCUGUUCCGAGAGCUGACCUGUCCGCGCCUGCCACUAUCCCCACUUCUGCAGAAGUCAACACCCAACCGGUAUCCAAUACCGCGGUUGAGACAGCGCCAUCCCAGGCACAGGUUGAUGAGCAUGAUGGUCCUAGUGGCUCUUCCCACCAAGAUGGUUCACUUAUACCGGAUGUUAAACUGGAACCUGGCCAAGGCUUUGGGACUGCCCUAUACAAUUUUGCACCACAAGGCAAGCGAGAGAUUCCCCUGAAGCGUGGGGAUGACAUCGUUCUCACUCGUCGCGUUGAUGCUAAUUGGAUGGAGGGCAGUGUCAAUGGGAUGAAGGGAAUAUUCCCCACGACAUAUGUAAAGGUUGUCCUGGCACCAACUCAACGAGUGAAAUCACCUUCAGCAAAAACUCCGGAGCCAAGUGCGCAAGAAUCUAACAAUGAGAAACGUGAAAGUCAAACAUCGCCUAACCAGGGAACCGUAGAGGUGCGAGAGAAGAAACCGAGUGGCGGGCUGGCCAAGGCACGCUAUAGCUUCCAGGCUGAGAGUAUCCGAGAGCUGAGUCUCUCCAAGGGCGAUGAGGUGACACUAAUACGCAAGGUGGACAAGAAUUGGUACGAGGGAAUGCUCAUGCCAGGUCUGAAGGGCAUCAUUCCAGCAUCCUACCUAGAGGUAAUCGACGAUGUUCCCAUCAUGAAGAAGACCCCAUCGUCGUCUGAUGUCAUU